AAAUUCAGAUCUAAAUCAUAAUAAUUUCAUUUAAUAAAAAGGAAGAGCAGAUAAGGACAUACUUCAUCAUCAGCAUAAAAAUUAAAUCCAAUAAAAGUUUCUUUUUAAGUCCGAUCUUACCUCCCCCCCCCCCCCCCCCCACCACCCUUAGCCCUUAGGUCUUUUUUUUCGGCUGUGAUUUUACGCCCCCCCCCCCCCCCUUAUAUCUUUACCCCAACACCACGCCCACGCCCACCCCUACCCCCACCCCGCUCCUCCAACGGUCCAAUCCAAAUCCAUUUCCUCACCAAAUACCCAUCUAACCCUUGUUCCCCUCUUUUAUUUUUCUCUCUCUACACUUCUUUUUCUUGAGAUUUCUCUCAUAUUUCACCAUUUCUGUAUCUCCUAAAAAGCUUAUUUUAUAAAAAAUCUAUAUACCAUUUAUGCCCUUAUGGACCCAUCAUCCAUGGAUCUACCGACGACCAUCGAAUCGACGUUUAACCCUGGAGCUCAACUCGUUAACCAUGACCCUAUCCCUACCCCUACUACUACUACUACCACCUUCCCCCCUCCUCAAACCCUACCCCCACCCCAGCACCAGCCCCCGUCCCCUGAUUUCUCCUCUACCCAUCCCGAUUACGCUGAGCUGAUAACGGCGGCGAUAACGGCGUUAAGGGAGAAAGAAGGGUCAAGCAGGAUAGCUAUAGCCAAGUACAUAGACCGAGUCUACUCGAAUCUUCCACCCAAUCACUCGGCCUUGUUGACUCACCAUCUUAAGCGUUUGAAGAAUUCUGGCUAUCUAGCUAUGAUUAAGCACUCUUAUGUCCUUGCUGCUCCUGGAUCUGCGCCGCCGGAGGCGGCGGCGGCGGCGGCCGUUGAUUCUAACGGGAACGGGACUGAUGUCGCUAAACGAAAACCUGGUCGUCCUCCUAAGUUGAAGCCUGAGGCCCAGUUUCAUGCUCAAGCCCAACAAGAGCAUCAAGCCCAGUUUCAAGAUCAAUUUCAAGAUCAGUUUCAGGCCCAGUUUCAAGCCCAACAACACCAGCAACAAGCCCAGUUUCAAAAUCCGUUUCAAGCCCAGCCCCAAUUUCAAUACCUUCAACAGCAGCAAUUCCAGCCCCAAAUGCAGUUUCAACCCGACCCGUUGCUGCAAAAUCAGCUCCAUUUCCAGCCCCAUCAGCCACAGGCAGCGUACGCUGCUCCUGAAUCUCAGAAUUACUCGAAUCUUGGGGCUGAGUCUGUGUUUGUUUCUCUUGGGUUAGCUGAUGGACCCGUUGGGGUUCAGAAUCCAUCUGGUUCUCUUCCUCCUGCUACCGGAGCUCCGGCCCCUCUGGCUCCGUCAAUUGAAGGGAGUACCACAAAGAGACGCCCCGGUCGUCCCCGUAAGGAUGGUUCCUCCGAAGCCAAGCCGGUGCAGCCCAAAUCACCCGUCCCGAGUGGUAUGAAAAAACGACCUGGUCGUCCUCCUAAGACCGCAACAGUCAAUGCUUCAACUUCUCCUGGAUCAGCUGUGGCUUCCAAGCCUAGAGGGCGCCCAAGGAAAAGUUCUACUCCGGGACGAAGAGGACGACCUAAGAGAAAUGUGGCUGCCGCUACUAAUGCUGGUGCCAAUGCGGCCAACUUUCCUGCUGGUAAUCCCAAUGUUGCUGCUGGUGGUGACCCAACACCGACCCCCAAAAGGCGGGGAAGGCCACCAAGGUCUAGUACUCAAGGUGGAGUCGCUGCUGUCGGUGUGACAGAUGUGCCAAUUGCUGCUGCUUUUGAUUCCGAGGGCUUCCCUAAUACUGCUGGUGGCGCCACAAAUGGAACUACGCCCCUUGGAAAGCGACGUGGACGGCCUCCAAAAUCAUACAGCAGUCCAGCCGUUUCUACUACUGUUAAGAAAGCAAGGAAGCUUUCAGGAAAACCUCUGGGUCGACCUAAAAAGAAUGUGACAUCCCCUGCAGUUAUGGACCCCAAGUUGGUGGUGGCUUAUGAAGAAGUAAAGGGCAAACUUGAUCAUAUGCAAUCAAGAAUCAGGGAGAUAGCAAAUGGGCUGAGGCCAUGCAUAAAUUCUGAAACACCAACAACUGCUCUGGCAGCAUUUCAAGAGUUAGAAGAGUUAGCAGCACCACCGGCAGGGGUAGAUUCUAUGCAAGAAAAUUGAUAGAAAAGAUGCUGAAUAGAUGGAGGCAGUGUUUAAAACUCAAGAGUGUAACAUUAAUUAAGGCUGGGAACCGUGAAAAUGAAGGAAGUUUCAGUGCAGAGCUAGUUGUUGGCAACAGGAGGAAGAUGCGUGCGUUCUAAGACUUGGAGACAGUGUAGCUACCUUUGAGGAAUGUAUUUGUUACUGUCAAUCUAUUAGGUUAAUCAGGAUUUGAUAUUCCGUUGCACAGUAUGCAGUAUGUUGUAGUUCUAACUGUAUUAGUAGUUGAUUUGAUGAGUACCUUAUCUGCUAAUUUUGUUGAUGACAUUCAAGGGAGACAAAGACGACGUGCUCUUGAGGGCUAGGUGUACUCUUUUGAGUAUGCUGGAUGGAUUGAAAUGCCUUUUGCCAGAUUUAUAAUGCCUCUCUUUUUGGAUCUGAA